GACGCCUGCGGCAGCGACCGAAGUCUCGGCUCUCGCGAGGUUUCCUCUUCCGGGAGUCGCAGGGGGACGUUCUCCGCGAACGGUGUGGCGAUGUGUGGGGACUGUGUGAAGAAGGAGUACCCCAAUCGGGGGAGCACCUGUCUGGAGAAUGGAUCAUUCUUGCUGAACUUCACAGGCUGUGCAGUGUGCAAUAAGCUGGAUUUUAUGCUGAUCACUAACAGAUCCCUAAAGGAAGAAGAUGGAGAAGAAAUAGUUACCUAUGAUCAUCUGUGUAAGAAUUGCCACCAUGUAGUAGCCAGACAUGAGUAUACAUUCAGUAUCAUGGAUGAAUUUCAGGAGUACACCAUGCUGUGUCUGUUGUGUGGCAAAGCUGAAGACACCAUCAGUAUUCUCCCUGAUGACCCCCGACAAAUGACUCUGUUGUUCUAAGCUUCCUGUGGUUCUGUUGUAGCUAUGUUGACUUGGUUUACAAUAUAGCAGGCCUGAUGGUUUGUCUAAUAAUGAAAAUUGUUUCUUUUUUUUUUCUGCUUAGACUUGCCUCCUUGGAAGAAAAAGUAAUUUGGGGAAUUGUUGUUUCCUAGAGUUGAGCUCCUCUGCUAAUCCCUUGUACAUGCCAGAGUGAAAUGUCUGUGCUCAUGGUUAUUUGGCUAGAACACCACUAGAGCCUGUGCACAUUCUGCACUCAGAUCUUGGUUCCUGUCAGAGGAAUCCACGAAUCCUUGCAAAAGUAAGUGAUGGAGUGGGCAGGAAUUCUCCAUGACGAACUUAGAGUGUUUUGUGCUACCAAAAAAAACCCUAGCCAGGCGGUGGUGGCGCACGCCUAUAAUCCCAGCUCUUGGGAGGCAGAGGCAGGUGAAUCUCUGUGAGUUGGAGACCAGCCUUAUCUACAAGAGCUAGUUCCAGGACAGGCUCCAAAGCCACAGAGAAACCCUGUCUCGAAAAACCAAAAAAAAAAAAAAAAAAAAAAAACCACCACCACCAACAAACAAGCAAAGCAAAACAAAUAAGCAAAAAACACAGAAAUCAAAACCACAGUGGUUAAGGGAUAGACAAGAAUUACCAGUGAACACAACAGUAAUAAUUUUAAAAUAAAUGAAUUGAUAUUGAAUUAUAGCCCAGAGUGUAUACUAAAUACCCAUGCUGAUAGCAAUGAUUGGGUGGAUGGAUGGAUAAAUAAGGGGGGGAAAGAAAAGGGAAGGAAGGGGCAUGGCAUUCUGAUGGCUCUACAUUGUCAGUGUGGGCUGUGUGCAUAGUGGCUUCCUUCCAAAGAGUAGCAUGGGCCCAGCAGUGAUCGCACACACCUUUAAUCUCAGCACUUGGGAGGCAGAGGCAGGCAGGUCCCUGUGAGUUUGAGGCCAGCCUGGUCUACAGAGCUAGUUCCAGGACAGUUAGGGCUGUUACACAGAGAAACCCUGUCUCAACCCCUCCCCCCCGUCCCCCCGCCACACACACACACACACACACACAAAAGUAGCAUGGAAAGAGGGAAAGGAAAGACUUUAAGGAAGAGAACCCUAACAAACACUGGCUCAGCUAGGCGAUAAAGGUUAAUAUUACCAUCAGUAAGCCUUGAUGUCGGGUUCCCUUGAUAUGAUACAGUAUGAAGAUCUCUGUGGGUGUUUUCCCAGAGAGCCGUAAUCUAUGUAACCAUAAGAACAACACACAAGCUCAGUUCUGCAGACUGAUUGUAUCUUUCAAAACUACCAAGGUCUUCAAAAACAAGUAAAAUAUGAAAAACUAGGAGGCUAAGGAGGCAAGGUACUUGAAUGUAUUGUAAUGGAAGCCUAUUCCAGAAGAAGGAUGCAUGUGAGAAACCAGAGACUCGGAGUAAAGGGUGUAAUGUAAGUCUAUGGGACUGUUUCAUUUACUCCAAUGGGAUCAUAGAAUGUGUUGUGUGCAUAAUUGAAAGAGCACUUGGUGGUCAUAACACUGGCUUUUAGGCCACAUUGUCCUUUGGAAGUAGAUAGCCCUUAAACAGAGCAGUGCUCUGGACUUCAAUAUCCUGUUUCUGUAAAACUGGGCUAACAGAAUGUGAUACUGUGCUCUUUUUACAGCAUUGCUAAGGGACCCAAAUGAAUUAAUGAAUGUAAAAUUCUCCAUAGAGAAUAGGCUCCAAAAAGCCAGUUCAUGCACUAGUGUUAAAUCCUGAUCCCACUGCCAGUGGCCCCACAGACUGCCCAAGCCUCACAACUGUCACCCACAUUCAGAGGGCCUCGUUCUAUGCAGGUUCCCCAGCUGUCUGGAGUCAGUGAGCUUCCAUUAGCUCAAGUCAGCUGUUUCUGUGGGUUUCCCCAUCUUGGUCUUGACCCCUUCGCUCAUAUUAUCACUCCUCCCUCUCAUUGAUUGGACUCCAGGAGCUCUGCCCAGUUCUUAGCUGUGGAUCUUGGCAUCUGCUUCCUUCAGUUCCUGGAUGAAGGUUCUAUGCUGACAAUUAAGGCAGUCAUCAAAUUGAUUACAAGAGAAAGUCAGUUCAGGCACCCUCUCCAUUAUUGCUUAAAGUCUUAGGUGGGGUCAACCUUGUAGAUUCCUGGGGAAUUUCCCUAGUGCCAGGUUUCUUGCUAACCCCAUAAUGGCUCCUUCUAUCAAGAUAUCUCUUCCCUUGUUCUCCCUGUCUUUCCCAUCCCAUGAAAAAGUGGGAAGUAGCCUUGAAAGCAUUGGCACAGGAAACCGCUUCUUAAAUAUAAUACUAGUAGCACAGACACUGAGAGCAACAAUUAAUAAAUGGGACCUCUUGAAACAGAGAAGUUUCUGUUAGGCAAAGGACAUGGUAAAUAAGACAAAAUGGCAACCUACAGAAUGGGAAAACAUCUUCCAACAUCUGACAGAGGACUGAUAUCCAAAAUAUACAAAGAACUCAAGAAAUUAGACAUCAAAAUACCAAAUAAUGCAAUUAAAAAUGGGAUACAAGGGGCUGGAGAGAUGGCUCACAGGUUAAGAGCAUUGCCUGCCCCUCCAAAGGUCCUGAGUUCAAUUCCCAGCAACCACAUGGUGGCUCACAACCAUCUGUAAUGGGGUCUGGUGCCCUCUUCUGGCCUGUAGGCAUACACAGACAGACUAUUGUAUACAUAAUAAAUAAAUAAUUAAAAAGAUGGGAUACAAAUCUAAACAGAACUCUCAACAGAGGAAGCUCAAAUGGCUGAAAGACACUUAAGGAGUUGUUCAACAUCCUUAGCCAUCAGGGAAAUGCAAAAUCAAAACAACUCUGAGAUUCCAUCUUACACCAGUCAGAAUGGCUCUGAUCAAAAACGCUUAUGCUAGAGAGGAUGUGGAGUAAGGGGAACAAUCCUUCAUUGCUGGUGGAAAUGCAAACUUGUACAGCCACUCUGGAAAUCAAUAUGGCUGUUUCUCAGAAAAUUCAGAAUCCAUCUACCUCAAGACCCAGCUACCAUUCUUGGGCAUAUACUCAAAGGAUGCACACUCAUACCACAAGGACAUUUGCUUAACUAUCUAUGUUCGUAGUAGCAUUAUUGGUAAUAGCCAGAUCCAGAAACAACCUAGAUGCCCCUCAACUGAGAAUGGAUAAAGGAAAUGUGGUCCAUUUACACAAUGGAGAACUAAGCAGUAAAAAACAAUGACAUCUUGAAAUUUUCAGGCAAAUGGAUGAAACUAGAAAAAAACAUCCUGAGUGAGGUCACCCAGACCCAGAAAGAUGAACAUGGUAUGUACUCACUCAUAAGUGGAUACUAGACAAAACAAAGGACAACCAGCCUACAGUCCAUGACCCCAGAGAACCUAGGUCACAAGGAGGACCCUCAGAGAGACAUACAUGGAUUCCCCUAAAAGGGGGAAAUAGACAAGAUCUGAGUAAAUUGGGAACAUGGCAGCGGGGGGUUGAAGGGAAGGGGAAGGAAACACACUUAUUUACACUGCCAUGAGAUUGGUGCCCUUGUAAGUCCAGGUUCAGAGUCAGGAAGAACAUACAUGAAAUCGGCAGCUCAGUAUUACUUGGCUCCCACUGUGACCUCCUCCCAGCAGGGUGUUGGUGAGCAUGAGAUACAAAACUUUGCAGGUCAGGAAGAGGUCAGCUCAGUAUCAGUGACAGCCCUCCAUAGAACCUAGACAAGGAUACUCAGAAUGUUAAGUCAGCUGCUCCAGAAGGUCAGUUGGUUUAUUCCUGGAGAAUGCUUUUCUAUUUUGCUACAAAUCUAUAUCUAACCUGCUGAGGAACCCAUUUCGGGAAAUGAAUCCAAAGGCAGAGAACUGCUUCAUUUCUGUAAAUAGCAGCAGUGAGCCAUCGCAGCCUCUGAGUGGUCCCUCUUGGAGUCUGCUGAUACUUCCGGCUUAGUCAUUUGAAGAUGAAGAGAAUGAUACCAUAUGUGCCCAAGACACCUUUAUAUCACAGUAUUUCACAAUUAUCCACCUGUUUUGGAGAUAGCUUAGAAAAUUUCAAAACAUAAGAUCCUGUCUACUUAUUUCACUGUUAUUCAGCCAGCCUGUCAUCUUCUAGGGGGUGUCUAACAGAAUAAAGAUGCCUUA